AUGGGGGAUGACCUCAGUGGACCUGGAGGUCACCAAAGACCAUUGUGGUACAAUCAUCCUGCUCCCACACUGUCUGACAAGCACCAGGAUGUGAUGUCUGCUUGGCCAGGGGGAAAGGAGAAUCUUCAGAGAGCUCUGCUUCUGGCUCUGUCACUGUAUGCUGAUGUCACAGAAGCACGAAUCCUUACAGCCUUUUGGAUUCAUGGAGUUAUAUACAUACUACUCAGAAAACUUUGUUUUGUGGACUUGCUGAAGCUUGCAGUUUCUGAAGUAGCUGAGUGUGCAAAAGUAACGCUGAAGGUCCAUGUAAGCGAUGCCAGCACCCAUCAGCCAGUAACUGAAGCCUUCAUUGAGAUUUUUACCAACCAGAUCUCCAUUGCAUCUGGAACCUCAGGAGCAGAUGGCACUGCCUUCCUCAAGUUUCAGUAUAAGUUGGGCAAUCAGCUGAUAGUGACUGCUAGUAAACAUGCAUAUGUGCCAAAUUCUGCACCAUGGAAACCUGUAAGAUUGCCUGUGUUCUCUUCACUGAGCCUCGGCCUUCUUCCUGAACGCUCUGCUACUCUGAUGGUCUAUGAUGAUGUAGUCCAGAUAGUCUCAGGAUUUCAAGGUGCACGGACUCAGCCACAAGUUCACUUUCAGAGAAGAUCUGUGAAAUUGCCAGAGAACACUAGCUACAGUGAUUUGACAGCAUAUCUGACUGCAGCCAGUUCACCCUGGGAAGUGGACAGUUUCCCUUAUUUGCAGGGAUUAGAUGGAAAUGGAACAGGAAACAGCACCAGGUACGACCUCACCCCCGUCAGUGCCGUCAGCGUGCACCUCCUCAGCAGCGAUGGGACCCCCGUCCCCGUCAACGGCCCCAUCUAUGUAACUGUGCCUCUGCCAGCAAACAGCAACCUGAAACACAAUGCACACGUUCCAGCGUGGAGGUUUGACCAAAAAUUUGGGACAUGGCUGAAGAGUAGUUUGGGCAUUGUACAACAAGAAGGAGAUCAGUUGACUUGGACUUAUAUUGCACCUCAGCUGGGCUACUGGGUUGCAGCUAUGUCACCUACUAUCCCAGGUCCCGUUGUAACACAUGACAUUACCAGCUAUCACACAAUGUUUCUUUUGGCAAUUUUAGGAGGGAUGGCUCUUAUACUUCUAGUCUUGCUGUGUCUGCUUUUGUAUUAUUGCAGAAGAAAAUGUCUAAGACCACGUCAACAUCAUAAGAAACUGCAACUUUCGACAGCACUGGACACUUCUAAGAAGGAUCAAGCAACCUCAAUGUCCCAUAUAAAUUUAAUAUUUUCACGCCGUGAGUCAGAAUUUCCAGGUGGAUUGUCCGUUGCUAGCAAUGGACACGCUGAAAACUCAGGGGCAAAGGAAUUAAUCAGUGCUGUCCACAUGGAGAUGGCAUCCCCUACUGGAGAAGCAGAUAUGCAUACACCUAUGCUCAAACACUCCUUCAGUACUUCCCAGGAGUUUAGCUCCCGAGAGGAACUGCUCUCUGACAAGGAGAAAGACAAGAGCAGAAUUUCCUUGGAUGACCUGACUCCCAGUGGGUCUCUAAGAAAAGACUACCACAAGUCAGCAGAUAGUUUUCCUCUAAAGACAAGAAAAUCUACAGAAACAGCUGAAGGCUAUGAGUCCCCUGUCAAAGAUGAGUACAGGAGAAGUUACAAUGCUAUGCUGUCUCAGCCUUUAUUUGAAAAGCAAGAGAGAGAAAUUCAAGUAUCUAUGAACCAUAUUGCUACUGGAAGUAAAUACAAUAUUCAGGAACAAAUAUACCCCACACCUUCAGCCCCUGAAAAAGAGCUGCUGGACUGCAGACCUACUGAUUGUAUGAUGUCUCGUUCAGUUGAUCACCUUGAAAGACCUACGUCUUUCCCUCGACCAGGUCAGUUGAUCUGUUGCAAUUCUGUUGACCAAGUCAAUGACAGUGUUUACAGAAAGGUCUUGCCUGCACUGGUCAUCCCAGGGCAUUACAUGAAGCUGCCUGGAGAACACCCUUUUGUUAGCCAGCCCCUGGUUGUCCCAGCUGACCAGCAGAUUGACAUAGAAAGACUUCAGGCUGAGCUUCCAAACCCUCACGCACGGCUUUUCCCACACCCUGCGCAGCAGCUGCAGCCCCAGCAGUUGGCAUCCCAAGCAAUAUCUCAGCAACAUUUGCAAGAUGCAGGUGCAGCUGAAUGGAGCCAGCAAAAUGCUUCCAUGUCUGAAUCUAUUUCCAUUCCUGCCUCUCUGAACGACGCAUCCCUGGCUCAGAUGAAUAGCGAAGUGCAGCUUCUUACAGAAAAGGCUUUGAUGGAAUUGGGAGGUGGAAAGCCGUUGCCUCAUCCUCGAGCAUGGUUUGUUUCUCUAGAUGGGCGUUCAAAUGCCCAUGUUAGACAUUCGUACAUUGAUCUCCAAAGAGCUGGGAGGAACGGGAGUAACGAUGCCAGUUUGGACUCUGGUGUUGACAUGAACGAACCCAAAUCUGCCCGAAAGGGAAGAGGAGAUCAUCUGUCUGCACCACAGAGUCACCCCCCAGUGCCAGAGCACCAGCAGAGGGAGAGGAAGGUUUCAGACAGCACAGCUUACACACAGCUUGUGUACUUGGAUGAUAUGGACCAAAGUGGCAGCGAGUGUGGAACAGCAGUUUGCAGCCCCGAGGACAAUGCUCUGCGAUGCCUCCUAGAAGGCACCAGUAAGAGAAGUGGUGUGCAGCUGCCCAGCCUGCAGGAGGAAACCAGAACUGUGGAUACCAAACCAGAGCCAUUAACUAGUCCUGAACAUGGAACAUCCAUUCAAGAUGAUGAUGAUGAAGAUGAGGAGGAUGAGGAAGAUGACCAAGGUGAAGAUAAGAAGAGUCCUUGGCAGAAACGAGAGGAAAGACCACUAAUGACUUUCAAUCUAAAGUGAGCUAUUGUGAAAAUCCACCCUUCAGUGGAGUAUAAAAUUGCCAAAUAUCCUUUCUGUGGAAGUGCUUGAUAUUUUUUUCUUUUUUUCUUCUUUUUUUUUUAUGUUGUGGAGAGAAAAGAGAAAAACAAACUGUGGUGAGCAACAUUUGAAAGAACUUAAAUGCAUUACUGUGUAAAUGUUAGAAAAGAAUUAAAAUCAUUCCUCUGAUUUAACAGCUGCCUCCAGUGAGGUAGCUGAACAAAGAGUGUGAUUGUUAUUCCAUAUACUUGAUAUUGGUCAUCCAGGAUGUUGAAAAUACUGACAAAUUGUUUUGGUUGGUUUAUGACCUCAAUCUCCUUACGAAUGGGAGCUGGUAAAGCUUUUGUUUUGUAGGCCAAUUUUAUGUUGAUAAUGCUACUGAAAGUAUCUUAAAAACAGGAGUUUGACACAUGGUGUCCAAAAUUGUGCAUUAUCUCAAUGAAAGGCUAUGCAUUGCUGCUUUUAGUAAUAUUUUGCUUAUACUAUGCUUUUCUUAAUUUUACAAGUUGGUUGUAAACAUUUUAUGUCCUUUAUUAUAAACUACUCAGCAAUUUAUUUUAAUGUACAACUGCAGGAAACUUGAGUAGCAUCCCUUAGCAUUGAAGCCUUUUUAUGAAACCAAACUGAACUUUGUGUCGACUAAGAUUCCUCCAAUUCUGGUACCAUUUUCUCAAAGUGCCUUUUUUACAGUAACAAUGAACAGUCCCUUCUUUUGCUAAGUCCUUUUAAUUGACCCCAUUUGAGAUUUUAUAAACUUCUGAACUUCUACCUUUUAUUUUAAGCUGCAUGCCAAGAGUCCCAUUUUGUGCUGAGCAUUUCUCAUUUCAAUACAGUGUAUUCUGUAGCUAUCAUGUAUAUUGUGGAUUCUGCUUAGCCAGGAUAGACUUAGAAGACAUUUUAAAGGGCCCAGAGUAGCCAAGAUAGUUUCAUUGACUGUAUAUAUUGUUAGUUUCCUCUGGAAUCACAUGAGCUAAUCAUGCUCAUAUAAAAUGGACUAUCGACCGAGCAAGUGGACUGAAUGUGUCUAGAAAAAUUUGGGGGAAAAACAAAUAUACUAUCCAAAAGUGCCAGAAUUACUCUUCUGUGCUUUUUCCAUACAGAGCUGCUUGGUUAUCCAAAAAAUUAUAAUUGAAAAUAAACUGCAAAAAGUAUCUUUGUGGAU